AUGUCGACGAAUGGUACACAUGGAAAUUGUACAAUACUUCCUGUCUCAUCGACAUCGGCGUCAACUUUUAAAGAAAAUAUUUCGUUGAAUUCGAUGGUUAUCAUCUUUGUUCUCUCGAUCUUAUCCUUAUUCGGCGUUUGUUUUAUGAUAUUCGGACCACUGCAAAGAUCUGAAGCUUAUAAACGCGUAGAAAAUUUUACAUUCGGUCGGACUCCGAUUUUUAACGUUGAUCAUCGUGAAGCAUCAACUCCGACGCGUUUUGAUGAAACACUGGACUUUGCAGAUGAAUAA